CCUUUACACAAUGACAAACAACAACAUUAACAGAAUUGGACUUUCUCUUGGUUCAACUCCAUCUUCACCAAUACCAAUACCCAACAUGACACCAGAAACGUUGAAAAGAACUGACAACAAUAGUCGACCUAUACCAGCAGUAACAGUGAAGAAACCUUGUGUUGAAAUGACGGAUGCACAGGUGAACGAAAUUGUCGAAAUGUUGGGAAUUAUUUUGGGAAAAGUCAAGCAAGCUAUAGCAGAAAAGAAAGAUACUUAUGCACCUUCCGCCGCUGUCACCUUUUUACUACGCAGGAUGGACGUUGAUACACAAGAUCUUUUGUCAGAGGAUCUGUACUGUUUAAUGACAGGAUUUAUGACAGUGUACGUAAGCUUCAUACAAGAAGUGUUUCUACACAAGUUUAAAGAUUUCAUGAGACUUUUCUCAAGUCACGAUUCACUAUUGAACGGAAAAGACGACGACAACGACCAACCAUUUCUUUGGUUGUAUUUAUCUUAUGAUAGAACUAACAAUUUAUCAAUCCUUAACGACUUACACAAACAAUUAUUGCCCAAGAGAUAUGACGCCAAUUUUAUCUUAUCAAGAAUUGAUGCCAUCUUUUCCAAAUUCUACACAACUCAUUUCUUAGAGGCUUAUGUCCAAAAACAUCAAAAAGAUCACGGCCAAUUCUACACACCCCAACCAAUCAUUAAUUUUAUGUGGGAUAAAUGCGCUACUUUACCUGCUUUGACUGAACAUUUACAACAAAACCAGCCCAUGCUACGUGUUUUCGAUCCUUGCUUAGGAAUGGGAUCAUUUUUGUGCGAAUUUUUAACGCGUUUUAUAAAAGCAUGUCGGUAUACUGUUUGGAACGAUCCUGUAAAAUUAACCACCCUGUUAGCAAGAGACAUUCCAGAUCAUAUUUGGGGAGUUGAAAUUGACCCGUUUGCUUAUCAGUUAUGCAAAAUUAACAUGAUGGUUCACUUAUUCCCUUUGUAUGAACGUUUAAAGGAAUUAGGCGUUGACUUAAAACCAGGCAUGAUCAAUCGUCUCAGACUCUUUUGUAACGAUUCCCUCAAGUUACGCGAAGAUACAAAUCCUUUUAUUUCAGAUACAGAUAAUCAAAUGGAUCCCUUUGAAAAGGCCUGUUUAAAAGCUCUACGUAACGCUUCUCAGAAAUUUGACUACAUCGUUACAAAUCCUCCUUAUAUGAUCAGAAAAACAGGUUAUGUUGCUCAACCUGAUCCUGUAAUAUAUGAUGAAGAAAAGCUGGGUGGAAGAGGCUCGCAGGCUUAUCUUUAUUUCAUGUGGGUCGCCUUGCAAAGGUGUGAUGACGCUACUGGCCAAGUAUGUUUGAUAACUCCCAGCCAAUGGACAGUACUGGAAUUCGCUCAACAUAUCAGAGAGUGGAUCUGGAAAAAUUGUAAACUGUUAGACAUGUAUGAAUUCGAGCCUUACAAAGUUUGGCCGAAAGUUCAAACAGAUUCACUUGUAUUCCGUAUCUGCAAACGUACCACUACUUUACCCAACACAAACCACACGCUCUAUAUCCGAAACACUUCCAGAAAAAUCACUUUGAACGAGUUGUUAGAGCUAUACAAAAGAUUUGAUCCAAACAAUCCCGUCACAAAUAAGGACAUCAAGUUUAAACUUGCACCACUUGAUGAAUCAAAUCGCGUAUUAACUUCGAAGCACGCUUCGUUUGCCUUUGUUUUACCUACCGCUUCUUGUCUGGAAGAAUUAAAUAGUAUUACUGCCCAUCUACCUCGUUUAUGUGAUGGCGAACAAAAUAGGUCCGGUGAAGACACACCUACUGAACCAACACCCUUAAAUUGGAACAGAGGCCCCAACACAAAUCCUGUUUAUUCACUCGUGGUUAGGACAAGUUGGGCUAUUGAAACGUUCGGUAUGGAAGCUUGUGAAAGAUGGUUAAAACCUUGUUUUUAUUGGAAUGGAAAGACUAUUAGUUCUUCAACAGGUGGAGGUAAAGAAGGUGAAUUUUGGAGAGAAAGAGACCCGUUGCGUUUAGGUAGAAAAGAAAUGUCUGCUGCCGAAGCCUAUUGGCCUUAUUGUAACCUUGAUAAUGAGAAUCCCACAGUAUCGUUUUAUUCCAUGAUCAUGGUAAACAGGGACGAUGCCGAUAAGUUAAAAAAGGAAUACGACGAAUACGGUGUUGCUUCACCCAUCGCUUCUUUGUACACUUAUCUCCGUGAGGCACGUAUUGCGCUUCAAGUGGAUAAAGUUGAAAAAGAAAUUGCGCAUUGUCAAUACAAUAAAUGUGGCGCAGAGGAACCCGUUAAGAUCAUCCACCCCAUCAAUUGUGGAUACUAUACUCGCUCACAACCACGUCAAAGAUUCUUUGUUGAUAAAACGCGCGUCUCCGUCACCAACCAAUGCAUUUAUUUCACAAUUAAGCCAGACUAUCCGUGGCAGGACGCCGAUUAUUACUGUGGUCUCUUGAAUAGUGCGUUGCUUCAAUUUUUUAGUAAAGUGCACUGUUGCUACGAUCCGCAAGGUCGUAUGCGAUUUUUUGGGAGAUUGAUGGCUUAUAUUCCAUUUGCACCACCACCAUCAAAAGAGUUUAUGGAGCAAAUGGCAAUGUUAGUACAAGGCAUGACGGAAGCACGCACAUGGAUUUAUAGCUUUGUACGUCAUACACCCAAUGGGCAGCGACUCAUGGAACGUGUUAGAAAUUGUGAAUGGCAUUUGUCCAAAGCAGAAAUAGAUAUCAUCCAUCAAUUCUCUCCACCGGAAGGCUGGGAACCUCAACCUGACACAAGCCUAUCCACAUUUACAUGCCCGCCACACCUUCAAUGGAUUUCAGAUCUGGUAUUGCGCCACCCCUUAACUACCAAACACAACAUGGAGCACGUCUUUAGAACUUUAUUGAAAAUCACUUCCAUUUUUCAAUUCGCAAUCGAUCAAAUGGUUUACCACAUUUAUAAUAUCCCUAUUAAUCUACAACUCGAGAUAGAAACCGACCUAAAUCUACAGGGAUUACGCAAGGAAUGGGAAGAUCGAAGUGAUUUAACUUACGACGAAUUGGACCCAGAGGAUUGGUUUGAUACGAUCGUCCAAACUGCGAUAUCAUUCGCAUCUGUCACCAAUGACACCACAUCUCCUCCUGUAGAUACGAGCAAGGAUAAUUCUGUGACGACAUUGGAUGCGCCUGUUACAACACCAGACGCUUCUACACCAGAUGUGUCUGUCACAGCACCUGUUAUCUCAGAUAAUUCACCAAAUGCUCCCGGUACUACAUCAGAUACUCCUGUUACUGCUCCUAAUACCCAAAAAAAAUAUGAAAAUUUUACUCAACAAAGUGCAAGUAAUACGGAGAAAUCCCGUCAGAAUAUAUCUACUUAUCAAGAACCCAUUACACAACCUUCAUCCACUCUCUACAUCGCUGAUAACAGCCAUAGUCCCGUGCGCUCAGCGAAUAUCAGCAACACACGAAAUGACCCCAUUAAUUAUCCAGCGGUACAGAAACCUGUCCAUAAACUCCAAUGCAUGAAAGACACCAUAACAAAGCAAGAUGAAACGGAUGUCGAUAUUGUUUCGGUUGCUGUUACACCCGAUCAAUAAUCUACUAACUCAGCUCCCUCUACACAAUAUUAUACAGCA